GUGUUCAGUACCUCGCGAGACUUCGCAGAGACCUCUCUCUUUUUCUCCUGGGCCGCCGAAAUGCCAUCCAGACUGAGGAAGACCCGGAAGCUUAGGGGCCACGUGAGCCACGGCCACGGCCGCAUCGGCAAGCACCGGAAGCACCCAGGAGGCCGGGGUAAUGCUGGUGGCAUGCAUCACCACAGGAUCAACUUCGACAAAUAUCAUCCAGGUUACUUUGGGAAGGUUGGUAUGAGACAUUACCACUUGAAGAGGAACCAGAGCUUCUGCCCAACUGUCAACCUCGAUAAGUUGUGGACCUUGGUCAGUGAGCAGACAAGGGUAAAUGCUGCCAAAAAUAAGACUGGAGCUGCUCCCAUCAUUGAUGUGGUGCGAUCGGGCUACUACAAAGUUCUGGGGAAGGGAAAGCUCCCAAAGCAACCUGUCAUCGUGAAGGCCAAAUUCUUCAGCAGAAGAGCUGAGGAGAAGAUUAAGGGUGUUGGGGGGGCCUGUGUCCUGGUGGCUUGAAGCUACCUGGAGGUUAAUUAAAUGUUAAAUGCUUUUCCCUUA